ACGUUGAAGCUGCGAGUCUCAUGGCAGCUUGUCCUCAAACUCAGACCCGUCAGAAAACUCCGCGCAGCUUUUGGCUUCACUGUAACCCGAUUCUACUUCCGCGACGUCGUUACCGUGAGACAGCGGAUAAUUCAAGGACUGGUGAAGGGUUAAAAUGUCUGUAUUGCUGCUCUCUUCAUACAACUUUACUCUGUCCAGCGAAGCGACCACACCCUCCGAGCUUCCUCAUACUGACGCGGGAGCGCGCAGCACCACUUUGAAUCCCUGGGAAUAACGGCUCCUCUUUUGGCUUAAUUUACGCGGAGACUAGAGCUGUUCAGAGACCUCUGACUGGUUAUGGAGAUAAAAAACGAGUCUCUACGGAGGAUAUGCCGGGCCACACACUCUCUAGUCUCGAGUUAAGACGCCUAGGAGGAGGGCGCACGGAAGGACGACGCAUAUGGAGUCUAAGCGACUUCUGGCUUCUAACCCAGGGCUGAGUUUGAAAAAGAAGAGGUUGAAAGUGGAAACUCGGCCUUUCCUGUUGGAUUUAACCUCGACAGACUCAUGAAACGAUGGUGCUGAAGGGAAACGGUCGUCUUCCUGCUGUCCAGGAGAGCUGCCCGGGUGGUGUCCCCUUUCUAAUCGGCAUGAGGCGGCCACAGUCCGUGGAAACAAGUGGGACAAGACAUGGGUGCUGCUGCUUCAGGCUACUUCAUGUUUCCAAGCGAGUGGACAUAAAAUGACAUCCUGUUGAUUUAUUUAAAAAAGAGACUGAAAUUAUCUUCUAGUAAAUGUCGAGGUUAUAUUUUCGUAGCUAGCCCUAAAAACGUCAAAGUACGUCUUAUUUUAGAAAUAUCACAGAAGAAUGAGCAAAUAUAAUGACGUGGAAAUGCGAUAAGAGGAAAAUUAGUUUUUGAAAUCAAUUUGAUUAACCUUACUGUGCACUUUGUCUCCAUAUGAGACAUCGUGGUAGCACUGCAGUUUUCUAAAUUCACUACCUGGGAGGUUUUCAAGAUUCAAGGUUAACUUUUGUGAGAAUUUGACAGGCUCUUCUUCCAUGCUGCAGUCAGAGACACAUUUAUCAUCAUUUACAUUGAAUAUAGAAUAUUAACAAUACGUGUACUGAAGCAGCUUGGUUGCAGCAGAGCAGUGUCAAACAUUUAAAAUAUUGACUUUUGGAUGUAGUGGGCAUUUAAGUUAAACCUUCAAGAUAACAGCAAGUGUCUUAAGCAGUUGUUUGAUUUCAAAUCGAAACUUGACCAAUAACGGGGGCAGAUAAAGAGGAAUAUGUCCAGUCAAAGUUAUUGUGACAUAUUCAUUUGGAUGUGACAGUAAUGCAGUGAUGAGGUUUUGCUCUUUCUUCAUGUUUACAGAGAGAUUAUGUGACAACAUUUAAUGGAUAGCCGAUUAUCUGAAGGAUUAUAAGGAAGACUGUUUGGCCAGUUGAUAUUUAAGAGUUGACUUGGAAACAAUACAAUGCAUUGUGCAGCAGCAGAAAACUAUAAAUAACCUCCCCAGAUCACCCCUCCUUAUUAUGGCUAGUGGUGGUUCUGGCAAAUCUGCAAGUGAGGGAUCACCCAGCAUACCCAGCGGCAGUUUGCAGCACCGGAAGCGCCUCUCCUCCAUCUGUGACAACUGUAAGGCCAAGAUGCAGCUGGUGGCCGACCUCCUCCUGCUGUCCAGCGAGACCAGGCCGGUCAUGACGUCUGAAGGCGUGGCAGUGGCGGACACCUUCGACCAAUGCCGCGACACGGUCAUAGCGAGGACUAAAGAGCUCUCCAUUCUCACUCAUGACAUCCAGAGCCAGCUCAACAUGGGCCGCUUCACCGAGGUGGGAGACCGUCUCCUGGAGAUGGCUGACUUGGUGGUGUCUCUGACGGAGUGCUCGGCUCACGCUGCGUACCUGGCGGCCGUGGAGACCCCCGGCUCUCAGCCCUGCCUGCCGGGUCUGGUGGAUCGCUACAAGGUUACCCGCUGCCGGCACGAAGUGGAGCAGAGCUGCAGCGUCCUCCGAAUCACGCCCCUGCCAGACCUGACCCCCCAGCUCCUCCUGGAGCUGUCCCAGAACAUCUCCACCAACCUGAAGAAUCUGACGGACAUCUCGUCUCUCGCCAGCGAGCGGUCCAGAGAUCGCUUUGCGAAGGAGCAGUUCAAACUCAGCGUCAAGAGCAUGAGCACAAGCGGCACGGCCUUUCUGGCGUGCGUCAAAGAGGUGAAAACGCAGCCCAGCGAGCUGACCAGGAACCGCUGCGUGCUCUUCAGUGCCGCUCUGGUCCAGGCUGUGAACGCCCUGGUCGGGUUUGCCACAGAGCCUCCAUUCCUGGGAAGAGCUGCGAGUAUCUCCAGUGAAGGGAAGGGGGUACAGACUGCAGUGUUAGGGGGGGCCAUGAGUGUGGUGUCAGCCUGCGUCCUACUAACUCAGGGCCUAAGGGACGUCGCACAGCACCCGGAGAGCAGCUCCAAGAUGGCUGACUACCGUGAGCGCCUUCGUAAUUCUGCCUGUGCUGUGUCGGACGGCUGCACUCUGCUCACGCAGGCACUCAGAGAACGCUCGUCUCCAAGGACUCUGCCGCCAGUCAACUCUCAUUCUGUGAAUUAGUUUAGGACGAGGCGUCUCACGCUCCACGCCCCUCUGUCCUACUCUGACGUACCAAAGAGACUCACCUGGGUUAUCCCGGUUCAUCAGGUUUAAAGACGAGUAACAUCCGAAGAAGGCUGUCUGUGUCUGUUCAUGUGGCUGAAGUGUGGUAGAACUAGGGAUGCACGAUAUUGGGCUUUUCCGAACACAAUUUCACCAGAAGUGAUAGAUUUUUUUUUGCUUAGUUGUGUUUGUGAGAAUCUAGAUUUAGAAAAAUGAAAAUCUUGAGUUCAGGCAACGUGUUUGGGGCACCACCUGCAUAAAUACAAACAUGCAGUAAAGGGCCACAUCUGACUAUGAGGCGUCUCCCUCACAUUAUAACUGGGCAGUCUGCUCUGUAUAUCUGCUGACCAUUUAAGCAUUUUUAUUUUCUUUAUAUAAAAAAGAUUACCUCCUGGAAUCAUUAUAAUAUUAAACAAUAAGGCACUACUUUUUACAAUUUUUUUUCAAAUUUAAAGAAAAAAAUUCUGGCCCUGAUUGUCUUCCGUCCUCUUCUUAUUUGCUGUUUUCUUUUUAUGUCCAUCCUUAAAACCCUGUAAUGUGUGGCAGCAAAUGUUAAUUUUUCCAUAAUGAUGAUAUAGCGAUUUAUUGUGCAGUCCUGAGUAAAAAUUGUGCCUUUUUGAGGGAGCUUUCACUUUAAAAAUUAAAAUUAGUUCUCCCAAUUAAACAACAAGUUUUCAUGGUGGAUCCCCAAGAUAAUCCUGUUUGAAGUAACACACAAAAACUGAUCCUCUAAAGCAUUGGUUCCCAACCUGUGGUCUGGGCAUCCCUAGGGUGGACGCCAAAGAUCUCAGGGCCCUGUCUGCUCUGACAUCAAAAUAGACAUGCAUAUGUUUUGUAAAAAUCAUGAUUGGUAACACAGUGAACAAUGGGCCAUCCUAAAGAUGAAAAAUCUCAACGUAUCAGUUCAAGUUUGACAAAAGAAUAAAGUUUAGAUUUUUGAGGAAAAACUAAUUUUUUAAGAUGAUAAAAUUGUAUAUUAACAAGAAACCAAACUCAAAAGUUCAGAGUCUUAAAAAUGUGGAAAUCUGACAUCAUAAACUCAAAAUGUGAAGUUUUUAAUGUAAUAAAUUUACAACAUUGUACCGUCAGAAAGUUACAAGAAACCAAGCUGAAACAGAGCUGGGAUAGUCCCAUUUCCCUGAAAUGUCUCUUCUGAGUCCACAUGGUAAUGGUGAUGAUUCUGGACUUCACAGGGACCCCCUUACUGAUCAGCCCCAGUAAAAUUAUACUCUGAUAUGGCUCUCAUCUUAAGGAUUUGUACAAGGAAAUUUGGCUUCAUCUAGUUGGAUUUUCUUCAAAGCAGUUGGCUAUUUUUGACUUAAUAAUCUCAAAAAGACUUUAACGUAGAUCUAUGACUUUUGAAACUUGAAAGCAUUUCUUAGACACAAGUAGGGGUGGGCCCUAGGAAAAAAGGUUGGGAAACACUUCCACAGGUGUGUUCCUCACUUUAGUAUUCAUAAAGCUCCCCUUCUUUUAUUUUAGAAAGCUGAACCUCAAAGACCCGCAUGAAAAAUGAUGCAUUGAUGUCAGAAAACUUCCCUGAUUUUAAUUUUUUCAUUGAUAAACAUUGAGAAGUAGGUCAGCAUGAUUAAUUAAUCAAGGGUGAAAAUGUGAUUAAAAAAUGCAUGCUGAUUAAUCGCACUCUGAUGCUAUCACAUAACCGGCUAAAAUAGCUUUGUAACAUUGAAUGGAACACAAAAAUUAUUUGUGCUCUUACUUUUUUUUAGAAUUUUAUGGAUAAAAUCCAUCUUCUACAGAUUAACACCACUCUAGAUUAACUUGUGUACAAUCUGUCGUCAGUCUCCACUUCUUCUGUUUCAAAUGCUAGUAGAAAAUUUUGAUGCCAUCCAGACACGUCUUUUCUUUUAUGUUACUAAUGUUCUUAAAUCUACCAGUAAUGCAGUCUUUCUAAAAAUAUGUGAUUAAAUGCAGUUACUUAAUUACAAAGCUUGUAAUUAAUAAGAUAUUUUUUAUUGACUGACAGCACUAGUUAUAGCAGGAUUUUAUGUUUUUAUGUGUGCAAAUUUAAUUUUGACAACCUCAGAGCAGACCGAGCCUUGAGUCCCCUCCGAGAUCUUGAGCGUACUUUCUGAUGGGUCCCUGACCCCAGGUUUGGAACCAAUCAAAUAAACUGCAAAAAUUCAAACUAGGACUAAGGACAGAGUUCUGCAUUUUUCAAAAGCUGAAAAUCAGUUACACUUUAGCUUAUUGGUGCUGCUGUUGAGUCUUUUUGGUUGUGUGGCGUAACGCCACUUAAUCAUGUAAGAAGCUCAGAGCUCAUCAGCAUUGUACGCCAAAAGUGGUGCUUUGAACCGUCUGCUUAAAAAAAGAGGUUGGCAUGUUCCUUUAACACUGGCUUUAUCUGCUGUGGGACAGUUUUUCUCCUCACUCUUGGAUCAACCAUGAAAAUUCUCCUAAACUUUGUAGAAAGUCCUGUUGGUUAAAAAUCUAAUGUUGGAAUUAGCAGAAUAAACGUUACUUAGCUCACUUUGUGAGCUCGACAGGUGUAUUGUGAGAUGUUCAAGGUCAGUCUGGAAAAAUAACUGUUAGGAGAGUGUGAAUAAAAAGUCAUCAUGUGUUAAAGUAGAGACAACAGUGGACACUUGAAGAAAUUCAAUUAAAAUAUUGUUCUGCUUCCACAGACUAAAUGCUUCUAUAUAAAAAUGAUGCCCUGUUCAGUUGAUAUAUCCACAGUACAUUUCAGUUCAUUUUUCCACACCUGCCUGUACUGACAUUUUGCCGACAAUAUCGUGCAUCCCUACUAAAAACAGCCUCCUUGGGGUUUGAUGUCGCGCUGGAUGCGAGUCUCCCAACCACCUCAGCCGUCUGACCCCGUCCUGGGCUCACCUGACGGACCGCAGACGCCUUCAAACCUGAAACGUUUACCUCAGUUUUGUUGUUUGGUGAAAGCGCCAGCCUCCGUGAUGGAUGUAGCCCCGCUGUGUGAACCUCUGAUUGGCCGACCUGCUCGGUUACACGUGCUUGUGAGAUUUGAUCGAGUGAUCCGAGUGUCUCAAUGCUUGUUUUUUUUUUUCUCAUUGUGUGAAAUCUAAAUUUGUAAAAGCUGCUGUGAGUGUGUGCCAUAGGUUUUUACACUAUUUACCAGACUUACCCUAGUAUUUGAAAGUGUUUUGAACAUGCAUGUA